AUGGUUCACUUUUCGCAAGGCCACACUGGCGAACAAACAAUUUGUAAACAAAAGGAAGCUUUAAAACUAUCAAACAUGACAGAAACCAAUCCUGAUGAGCGGGUUUCCCCCAGAGAAGAGCCCUCCGCGGAGGAGGAUUCCCGAGCCCAGUCCCCACCAGAGGCAUUGGCAAUUCUGAGCAAUAGUUCCUCAAAUGCCGGCAAUGGUUUAGAACAAGAGGAUGAGCACGAAGCCGAUUCCGUGGAUCGGGAUGACUCUGCCAGCUUGUUCAGCACCACGACAACCACCACUAGGAGCAAAUCGCCCAACACACGAAAACUGAACCGCUUAUGCCGGCGUGUUAAGGCUCCAAAAAUGGUUCAACCGCUUUACAAGUACAGUUCCCAUGUCCGCGAGGAUCACAACCACCAGAUCUUUGGGGUGCAGUUCAAUCCGUUCCUGGACAGAAGCCAUGCGCAGGUGUUUGCCACCGUUGGCAAGGAUCGAGUUUCCAUCUACGAAUGCGAAAGGAGUAACGGCGAGGAGUCCAAUGAAGGCAUUCGACUGCUGCAGGUCUAUGCGGAUCCCGAUACCGAUGAAAGCUUCUACACGUGCGCUUGGUCCUACGACUCAGAAACAGGCGAUCCUGUCCUGGCUGCGGCUGGUUACCGCGGUGUCAUCCGGAUUUUUAAUCCAGUGAAGCAUCAAUGCAGCAAGAACUACAUUGGUCACGGGCACGCAAUUAAUGAGCUCAAGUUUCAUCCGGUCAGGCCGCAGUUACUUCUGUCCGGCAGCAAGGAUCACUCGUUGCGGCUCUGGAACAUCCAGUCGGACGUCUGUGUGGCUGUGUUCGGUGGAGUGGAAGGUCAUCGGGAUGAAGUGCUGUCCGUUGACUUUGAUUUGCGCGGGGAUCGCAUCAUGUCCAGUGGGAUGGAUCACUCUCUGAAGCUGUGGCGCUUGGACAAGCCGGAUAUAAAGGAGGCCAUAGAGCUAAGCUCUGGCUUCAGCCCCAACAAGAACACUGCUCCAUUUCCUACCAUCAAGGAGCACUUUCCGGACUUCUCCACGAGGGAUAUUCAUCGCAACUAUGUGGAUUGCGUUCAGUGGUUUGGGGACUUCGUCUUCUCGAAGUCCUGCGAGAACUCGAUUGUGUGCUGGAAGCCGGGCAAACUUUCAGCCCCUUGGCACGAAAUAAAACCCCAGGAGUCGGCCACCACAGUGCUACACCACUUCGACUACAAGAUGUGCGAGAUCUGGUUUGUGCGCUUCGCCUUCAACGCCUGGCAAAAGAUUCUGGCCUUGGGCAACCAGCAGGGCACCACCUUUGUGUGGGAACUCGACUGUAACGAUCCCAAUCUGACCAAAUGCAGUCAACUGGUUCAUCCCAAGAGCAACUCCACCAUCCGGCAGACUUCUUUCUCCAAAGACGGUUCUAUUUUGGUCUGCGUCUGCGAUGACAGCACCGUGUGGCGAUGGGAUCGCGUCAAUUAGGUAACUUAUGGAUUAUUUUAAGCUAUACCCAACAAGGGUAUAUUAAAUAAGUGAAAAGUUUUCCCUUCAGAGUGGUGAUACCUUUCAGAUAUGUAGUUUGUAUAAAUAUCUUAAGCUUAAAUAUUAUUUAUUUGACGUGUGUUAGAUCCAUAGUUUUAUAAAUGAAACCCAUAGGUUAAUUAUUUAUUAACACUUUUAUAAACUAUUGUUUAUUAAACCAUUUUUUUGUAACUUUUUAAUUUAUUUAACUCUUAUUUUAUUCUCAAAGUGUAAGAAUUCUUACUAACAUUUUUUACAAUACAAUAUAAUAUACAUAAAUAUUGAUUGAGUAUAUAUUUAUA